GGGCGAGCCACUGGCAUCAAGGACGUCUUCGGACUGAUUGAGAUUGAUGCGGUAUGUCUGCCCAACCUCUUCCUGAAUCAAAUCAACUUGAUUCGCUCCGAUGUCGCGCCCCGCUCGGUACCCCGAUCCCCAUGUCUUAAAUUAUGUCGAGUCAUCCGUGAGGAGAAUCUGCGGCCGUCGGACAGGCAGUUGCAAGCAACAGCCAUGGCGGGCCUCACAAGGCUCAGCGGCUUCAAUGUCGCCAACAUUCUGGAAAAACGCAAGCUUCUCAUGGCUGUCAAUUCCAUGGCUGCAUUGUCAAUCUUCUUCUUUGGAUAUGACCAGGGGAUCAUGGGGGGAAUAAACAAUGCAAAGCACUACAUCGACCUCAUGGGCUUCGGCUAUGUUGACCCUGUCACCAAGGAACCUGUCAUAACCGACAGCCUGCUCCAGGGCGGCAUCGUAUCGGUAUACUACCUGGGCACACUAUGCGGCUGCUUGCUUGGAGGAUGGGUGGGUGACAAGGUUGGCCGUAUCAAAACCAUUGCCUUUGGCGCCGUCUGGGCUAUCUUUGGGGCAUGCUUGCAAACAUCAGCCAUGAACGCCACUUGGAUGAUUUGCUCUCGCUUCAUCAACGGCAUCGGCACCGGCAUCCUGAAUGCCAUUGUUCCCGUCUGGGCCACCGAGACGGCUGAGCACACUUCUCGCGGGCAGUUUAUCGCCAUCGAAUUCACUCUCAACAUCUUUGGUGUUGUUGUCGCGUACUGGCUCAGCUUUGGUCUUUCCUUCGUCCACAAUGGCGAAUCAGCGAUCCGAUGGCGCUUCCCUAUUGCUUUCCAGAUCAUCCCGCUGCUGGUUCUUCUAUCCGCUAUAUGGUUCUUCCCGGAAUCGCCACGCUGGCUCGCCAAGGUCGACCGCGACGAGGAGGCGCUUUUCAUCCUCCAGAGGCUACGCGGCACCGAAGGCGGCCGCGCCGAGGCUGAAUAUCACGACAUCAAGAACGUGGUAGCGCUCGAGGCGCGCGAGUCGACUCGGAACUCGUACCUCCACAUGCUCUUUGGCAUCGGCUCCGGUGAGCUGCAUACCGGUAGGCGCGUGCAGCUUGUCAUAUGGCUGCAGAUCAUGCAGGAGUGGGUGGGCAUCGCGGGUGUGACCGUCUAUGCCCCGACAAUUUUCCGCAUCGCCGGCUUCGACACGGAAAAGUCGCAGUGGAUCAGCGGGCUCAACAACAUAUUCUACAUGUUUGCAACUCUUGUCUGUGUCUUCACGCUUGACAGGAUUGGCCGCCGGUGGACUCUCUACUGGGGUGCGGUUGGCCAGGGCAUCUCCAUGUUCCUAGCUGCCGCCUUUUCCAGACUCGGUAUCGACGCGAGGGCCGCCGGCAACAGCGGUCAGGCAGAUUCUUAUGGAGCCGCCGCGGCUGCUUUUGUGUUUAUUUUCACAAGUGUUUUUGGCGCCACUUGGCUCACGGUACCAUGGCUAUACCCUGCAGAAAUAUUCCCCUUACAAGUUCGAGCAAAAGGCAACGCCUGGGGCGUCGUCGGAUGGUCCAUUGGGAACGGAUGGCUUACGCUGCUGUGUCCCGUCAUGUUCGAGGCCAUUGGCGAGAACACGCUGCAUAUUUUCGGCGCCUGCAACGUGUUGGCGAUUCCAAUUGUCUGGGCCUUGUAUCCAGAAAGCAACCAGCGCACGCUAGAGGAGAUGGAUCUGCUGUUCGCUGCCCCCACGCCUUGGGUCUGGGAUGCCGAGAAGACCUUUGCAAGACUGCAGGCGGAGAGACCUGAGCUUGUGGCAGCUGCGAAGCACAACCAGAAGAUUGUUGAUGUGGAGGGGGUAGUUGGUGAACGAUCAUCGUCCACGGAGCCGGUCGCUGGCCCAUCCGCCACAAACUCAGGGGUUUAA